AUGCAGCUCAAGGAUCUCCUUCCUGCUGGAUUACUCCUUAACAACCUCUUCGAUAAAGUGGAGAAGGCUGCAGACCACGCAGAUGGCCGUAUCACCACCACCAACACCAAACAGGUGGAACUCGGCGACGUCAUGUUCUUCCAUAAAGAUUUGGAUGACCUCAAGCAUCUGCUCGCCACCACCGGCUCAGAUUCAGUCACCAUCAAGAAGCUCCCCAAGACGGACGUUAUCAUCGUCAAGCGGACUGCAAGUAGCGAUGACAGUGGCAAUGAUGCCGCUGACGCUGCGGUGACGCCUACCAUAUCAUCCACUUCACCUACUCCCACCACCAUCACAUCUACUUCAUCCGCCUCAUCAACCACUGUCUCUGACGUCUCUGACAUCUCAGAAGAGAUGGAAAUGUCAGCCAAAGUAGAGGUAACCACACCAUUUACAACAUCUUCCUCACAGAAUAAGAAGACGUUACCCGAGGAGGAAGAAGCCGUCGAUUCAAAUCUAAGCGAGAACGACGCCACGAGCAACUACCACCACGGCCUCGAAAUCCAGCCAGUUCAGCUCUCGCCCAGGGACACCAAAUCAAAGACUCCCGGUGUAUUUCCCUGGAGAAACAGACUCUGCCGCUGCGUUUCUAUUGGCGCCAUCUUUGGGAACAAGGACGACCGUCUGGCCAAGUCCGACGAGCCGCUGCCGCCGUACGAGGAGGGCGUUUCCAUCUUCAACUGGGGUAACGGCGUCUGCAAAUGCGUUCCCAUGGACGAUGCCUUUGGCGAUCACACUAUGGCGGCGUUGGGUUUGGCUAUUGAGACUGUGGAGUAA